ACUCCACCUCAGUGCCGUAGUUAUACCACAAAUCCACUUCAAUUGGCCCCUACCUUUGGCCCAAACCGUUGUAUGAAACCUGUGCUGAAAAUGUCCGGUUGUUGCUGGAAUUGGCCCUGCGCCCAAGGGGACACACACAAAUUUCUGGGACAUUUCCCAAAUCUUCCACCAGAGAGCACAUUGAUAACAGACGUCUCAAUCUCAUAGAUCAAACACUUCUGAUCCACUGGCUUUGGAACAAGAAGGAAAAGGAGAAUAAGCAGAACACUGACACAUACCAUUGGGUCAAUUGGAACUGAGCUACUGCUACAAGAAUCAGUAAACCGGUACUUCAAAUCUGGAAUUAGCACUGCCAUUUGGCUGAAGAGACAAAUAGAGACAGAGAGACAUAUAGACAGAACCCGCGUGUGCUUGAGAGUGAUAUAGGACAUGUCCAGUCUGUUGUUAUUUGCUGGUAAACAGCUCUUGAAGAGAGCCCUUUCCGAUGAUGAGAAUGAGAUUCCCGAUGUGACUAUCCCAGAUAGCGAUGAAUUGGACGAGUCCAAUCCUGUUACAGAGGAGAUCUUUUCAUCGUGGGCGCUCUUCAUCUUGCUAGUGCUGCUCAUCAUGGCACUGUUCAGCUCUUACUUCUUACAGCAGAAGAGGAUUCAAGCUGUCCAUGAAACAGUGCUGUCGAUCUUCUACGGUAUGAUUGUUGGCUUGAUCAUCCGUGUGCUUCCCGGUCACUAUAUCCAGGACACUGUUACUUUCAACUCGAGUUACUUCUUCAACGUGCUGCUGCCACCAAUUAUUCUCAACAGUGGGUAUGAGCUGCACCAGGCGAAUUUCUUUAGGAAUCUGGGGACCAUCCUGAUGUUUGCCAUUCCUGGAACCUUCAUCAGUGCGUGUGUCUUAGGUGUGAUUCUCUACGUCUGGACCUCUCUCGGUUUGGAGAGCAUCAACAUCUCCUUUGUCGAUGCCUUGUCCGUGGGCGCAACACUAUCUGCCACUGACCCUGUUACAAUCUUGUCUAUAUUCAACGCUUACAAAGUUGAUCCGAAGCUGUAUACAAUCAUCUUCGGCGAGUCCCUGUUGAACGAUGCCAUCUCCAUCGUCAUGUUUGAAACUUGCCAAAAGUUCCACGACAAGGAGGCACACUUCAGCUCAUUCUUUGAAGGUGUGGGACUGUUCCUCAUGAUCUUCACGAUCUCCUUGCUUAUAGGUGUCCUCAUUGGAAUAAUUGUUGCUUUGAUGCUGAAACAUACGCACAUCAGAAGAUACCCACAGAUCGAAUCAUGCCUCGUCCUGUUGAUUGCGUAUGAGUCGUACUUCUUCUCCAAUGGUUGUCACAUGUCUGGUAUCGUGUCUCUGCUUUUCUGCGGUAUCACUUUGAAGCACUACGCCUACUACAACAUGUCAAGAAGAACGCAGAUUGCUACUAAAUACAUCUUCCAGCUCUUGGCCCGUUUGUCAGAAAAUUUCAUCUUUGUCUACUUGGGCCUGGCAUUGUUCACGGAAGUGGAGCUCGUCUAUAAACCAAUGCUUAUUAUCGUUACGACAAUCUCCAUCUGCUUAUCCCGUUGGGCAGCCGUCUUCCCACUCUCAAGAUUGACGAAUUGGGUUCAUAGAAAACGUUCUGGAAACCCAGGAGCAGCAGAUGAAAUACCUUAUCAAUAUCAAAUGAUGAUAUUCUGGGCAGGAUUGAGGGGUGCUGUUGGUGUUGCUCUUGCUAUGGGUAUUCAGGGAGAGUUCAAAUCAACUCUACUGGCUACAGUCUUGGUUGUCGUUGUUCUUACGGUGAUUCUCUUUGGUGGUACCACUGCUGGAAUGUUGGAGGUUUUGAACAUCAGAACAGGUUGUGUCGCGGAGGAUGAUAGUGACGAUGAGUUCGAUAUUGAGGCACCAAAGAUCGUCACUACAUCAUCGGUGCUUUCAAACAGGCAAUUCUCCAGACCAUAUUCAGAUAACACAGGUUCUCGCUCAAGACAGAGCCCCAACUUUAACAGUGCAAGCCAAGAAGAUCUCCUGGUUGAUGACGAUGCUACCAACCUUGACGAUAUCCCACCAUUGGUGCCUAAUGACGCCAAUGGACCAGGUCUGGUCAGUACAGUACAGAAUAUUAUCACAUCGGACGACAGAUCCAAAUGGUUCCAGAGCUUUGACGAACAAGUUCUUAAACCGGUUUUGUUGGAUAUAGAUCCAUCAACCAAAUCAAAAACAGGGAAAGAUUCACCUAACUAAACAAUUAUAAACGUACAAUUAGCAACAUCAAAAUACAGAGAUU